AUAGGCCAUGCCAAAGCACACAAUAGCAAAAAAGCUUCCCUCCUUUCACCCUCUCUCUCUCACACACUCACUCUUUCCCUUUAUAUCUCUCACUUUACUCUCCUUUUCAGAACCACAACAAGAAGAAGUGGUAGAAACAAGACUUAAUCCAUGUUUUUUAUACUCACUUUCUCUUUCAAACUCUCUGGCUUCUCUCAGUUUCUUAUUCUUAAUUCUGUUCCAAGUUCUUCUUUUAUAUUCUUUUAGCAGCUUCUAUACACCACAAUCAAAACUCAAAAGCAAAUUCUUCUUUUUGGUUCCGAGUUCCAAGUUCCAACUUCACUUCACAAUGCUUAACCACACCCUCAAAUCAUCAAAUACUGUUUUAUUCACAUCAAAGCAUCGAUCUUACACUCUCAAGAAGGUUUCCAUGUUUUUCCUUUACCAUGUCACAGUAUAUAUAGUGUGGUCUUUUGUUUCUGGUUUGCUUGUGUAAUUUCGCUGCAUGCACUUUCUCCAAACUAAUAACUCUUUUUUCUUUACUAAAAACACUGUGUUGUGUCACCCCACUUGAAUCAAUAUUCAAAGCUUCUUCUGCUGCUCCUCUGUGAGUGCAAUGAUCACCAUUCAGCCUUGGAAAUUCUGAAGUUUGUAAAGCAGAAAGUGAGUUAGCUGAAGUUGUUGCUUUACUUUGUUUUGUUCUCUUAAUUUUUUUAAUUUUUUUCACCCUCACUUGGUUACUGUCUUCUCUUCUGUCUAGUCUAUUCCUUUCUUUGUUUUUACUGCUCUUUCUGUUUAUAUACACCGAGUAUUUGAUUGUUACUCCUCCCACUUUUUUGUGUCCUUUCUACACUGCUACUGUAGCAGUAGUUAUAAUAACACUAGCACCUUUGUGACCCUCUCUCAUUAUUUUUUCUUGCAUUUGAAACUUUCUUAUACUUGUGAGUGACAAGGUGGUUGUUUGUUUUCCUUUUGUUUUAUACACUAUGCUUUGUUGGGACCCUCCAACCUUUUUCUACCGUAUGUAAGCAAAUGGAAUUGCAGUGUUUCCUGUAAGAAAAAAAAAAGUAGUUUUUUUUUUUUGCAAAAUUUUCAUGAAGAGCUUCACUGAAUGCAUUGCUACAUAAUUCUAGUACUACUCUGAUGAAGCAAGUGCAGUUCACCCUACUCCUAUCAGUGUCUCUUGUUAUUCUUUUUGGUCCAAUCCUAGUUAUCUCAGUAGACCUUUCUUUCAACGAUGAUGUGUUGGGGUUGAUAAUGUUCAAGGCUGGUCUACAAGACCCAAAAGGGAAACUCUCUACGUGGAACGAAGAUGAUUAUAGUCCUUGCCACUGGGUUGGUGUCAAAUGUGACCCUGCAAACAAUAGGGUAUCUUCUCUUGUUCUUGAUGGAUUCUCUCUUUCUGGCCACAUUGAUAGAGGCCUUUUGAGGUUGCAGUUCCUUCAGAUUCUGUCUCUCUCUAGGAACAACUUCACAGGGACCAUAGCUCCUGAUCUUCUCACAAUUGGUGAUUUGCUAGUUGUUGAUUUGAGUGAGAACAACCUCUCUGGACCAAUCCCAGAUGGGAUUUUCCAGCAAUGUUGGUCUCUAAGAGUAGUUUCAUUUGCCAACAACAACCUCACAGGUAAGGUUCCUGAUUCUUUGAGCUCAUGCUAUUCAUUGGCAAUUGUGAACUUUUCCUCUAACCAGCUACACGGGGAAUUGCCAUCUGGAAUGUGGUUCUUGAGGGGGCUACAGUCAAUUGAUCUUUCAAACAACUUUCUGGAGGGAGAGAUUCCAGAAGGAAUUCAGAACCUGAUUGAUUUGAGGGAGUUGAGGCUAGGUAGUAACCACUUCACUGGUAGGGUUCCUGAGCAUAUUGGAGACUGCUUGCUUUUGAAGUUGGUUGAUUUCAGUGGCAAUUCUCUCUCUGGAAGACUUCCUGAGUCAAUGCAAAAGCUCACCUCAUGCACAUUCCUCAGCUUGCAAGGGAAUUCAUUCACUGGUGGCAUUCCACACUGGAUAGGAGAAAUGAAAAGUCUAGAGACAUUGGAUUUUUCAGCAAACAGAUUUUCUGGUUGGAUUCCAAAUUCUAUAGGAAAUCUUGACUUGCUGAGUAGGUUGAAUCUGUCAAGGAAUCAGAUCACAGGAAACCUGCCAGAGUUAAUGGUAAACUGCAUUAAACUUUUGACUCUUGACAUCAGCCACAAUCACUUGGCAGGCCAUCUUCCUUCAUGGAUAUUUAGGAUGGGUUUACAAAGUGUCUCUCUUUCAGGGAAUAGCUUCAGUGAGAGCAAUUAUCCCUCACUUACUUCCAUUCCUGUAUCUUUUCAUGGCCUCCAGGUUUUGGAUUUGUCAUCAAAUGCAUUUUUUGGUCAACUUCCAUCUGGAGUUGGAGGUCUUAGUAGCUUGCAAGUCUUGAAUUUGUCCACCAACAAUAUCUCAGGGUCUAUUCCUGUGAGUAUUGGAGAACUUAAAUCUUUGUGCAUUCUUGACUUAAGUAACAACAAGCUUAAUGGAAGCAUUCCUUCCGAAGUAGAAGGGGCAAUUUCACUCAGUGAAAUGAGGCUACAAAAGAACUUCUUAGGUGGGAGAAUUCCAACCCAAAUUGAGAAGUGUUCAGAACUAACAUUUCUGAAUCUUUCUCACAACAAGCUUAUAGGUUCAAUCCCUUCAGCCAUUGCAAACCUAACCAAUCUUCAGCAUGCAGAUUUCUCAUGGAAUGAGCUCUCAGGAAACUUACCAAAGGAGCUGACAAAUCUUUCCAACCUUUUCUCAUUUAAUGUUUCGUACAACCACCUCCUAGGUGAGCUACCAGUGGGUGGUUUCUUCAAUAUCAUCUCUCCUUCAUCUGUCUCUGGUAAUCCAUUGUUAUGUGGUUCUGUUGUUAAUCACUCUUGCCCUUCUGUUCAUCCAAAGCCUAUUGUCCUAAACCCCAAUUCUUCUUACUCCAACUCUGGCUCUUCCUUACAAAACCAUCAACAUAGGAUGAUGCUCAGUAUCUCUGUCAUUAUUGCCAUCGGUGCUGCUAUUUUUAUUGUCAUUGGUGUGGUGGUUGUUACUGUCCUAAAUAUCCAUGCAAGGUCUUCGAUGAUACCUUCUGCUGCUCCAUUUGUGUUCUCCGGUGGUGAAGACUAUAGUGGUUCACCCAGGAACGAUCCAAACUAUGGCAAGCUUGUGAUGUUUUCUGGUGAUGCUGAAUUUGCUGAUGGUGCUCAUAAUCUUCUUAACAAAGACAGUGAAAUAGGCCGUGGAGGAUUUGGAGUUGUUUAUUGCACUGUCCUUAGAGAUGGUCAUUGUGUUGCAAUCAAGAAGCUUACAGUGUCCACCUUGACCAAAUCUCAAGAAGACUUUGAUAGGGAGGUUAAAAUGCUUGGGGAGAUCAAGCAUCAAAAUCUAGUGGCACUUGAAGGUUUUUAUUGGACUCCAUCCUUGCAGCUACUAAUUUAUGAGUACCUAGCCAGAGGGAGUUUGCAAAAGCUUCUACAUGAUGAUGAUGAUAGCAGCAAGAAUGUGCUUUCUUGGAGACAAAGGUUCAAGAUCAUUCUUGGAAUGGCAAAAGGGUUGGCCUAUUUGCACCAAAUGGAGUUAAUUCACUAUAAUCUAAAGUCAACCAAUGUUUUCAUAGAUUGUUCUGAUGAACCAAAGAUUGGAGACUUUGGCUUGGUGAGGCUAUUGCCAAUGCUAGACCAUUGUGUUUUGAGCAGCAAAAUCCAAAGUGCACUUGGAUACACGGCUCCUGAGUUUGCUUGCCGCACGGUCAAGAUAACCGAGAAGUGUGACAUUUAUAGUUUUGGAAUUUUGAUUUUGGAGGUGGUAACAGGAAAAAGACCUGUGGAAUACACGGAGGAUGAUGUUGUUGUUCUUUGUGACAAGGUGAGAAGUGCAUUGGAUGAUGGCAAAGUGGAGCAAUGUGUUGAUGAGAAGCUUAAGGGUAAUUUUGCUGCAGAUGAAGCAAUUCCUGUGAUAAAAUUGGGGUUGGUUUGUGCAUCACAAGUGCCCUCAAACCGUCCUGAUAUGGCUGAGGUAAUCAACAUAUUAGAGUUGAUCCAAUGUCCUUCAGAGGAAUUACAAUGAAUUUUAAGUUAUUAUAGAGAUUGAAACAUAACACAUAUUGCAAUAUACACCUGGUGAAGAACAAUCCAGUUUGAUAGCUUUAAUGCUAUACAAUAGUAUAAACCAUGCAAAGAAUAUUCAGUCAAAUUUCUUUCACAACUUUUGUUUGUUGUUUCAGUUGUAAGUUUUUCCUUUUCUUUUUACUUUUGGUUAUUUCAAGUUGUACUACUGGAUUUUUCUUCACCAGUUUGGAACCUAAUACAAUGGUGUUUCAAUCGUACUUGUUUUUUUUCCCCCUACAAAUCAGGAAUUGCAUUUUCUAAACAUGAAUAUUCGUGGCAUUUUUGUUUGGUUUAUGUUCUUCUGGGGCAAACUGUGCUUCAUGUUGGUACGAAGCCCACACAACUGAUUUUUGCACCCUACUA